UCUCUCUCUUAUCUUUCCGUUGCGUAAUUGACCGGCCACCUCUCCCCAUUUGAAUAUUUCGCAGAGAAAUCCACGAAACAGGUCCGAUGGAUUUGGUAUUUUCCUGGUAAAAGGGGUAAACUACAAGCUUCUUUUCCUGGUUGCUCAGCGCCUCCUUUUUGGUGCCGCCUCUUGAAUUCUUGAUCGUUUCUUGUUUCGUAAGUUGUCAGACUUGAUCAUUGGUUUGUUGGGUUUGGUUCGUAUAUAUCAACAAACAGAUGGUGGGCAUUACUGUAGUUAAAUUUCGCUUUCGUUCUUUGACUUGGAACGUUUUCUCAUCAUUUUGUUUUCGACUUCUGAACGAGUCCCCAUCUUUUCUGAGCUUGGCACAUGCUGAUUUUGGUUCUUCAGCUUCCCUUUAGCUGGUGUUCCGAGAUUGGGUUUUUGGUUUGAUUUGGAUUUGCUGCUUUGUGGGUUGGAAUAUUCGGGGUUUUGCUGGAUCUUGGCUGUGAUCUGAAUUUGGCAUUUCUUAUAGUUAUCUAUUCUUGUCAAGAAAUUUGAGGGAAUGAAAGGAAAAGUUGGGGCACCGGGAAGUUACUUUGUAUUGAAUACUGGAGCCAGAAUUCCAGCCAUAGGUCUUGGGACUUGGCAGAGUGGUGGUGACCUCUGCAUUGAGGCCGUGAAAACAGCUUUAUCGGUUGGGUAUCGUCACAUAGACUGUGCACAUCUUUAUGGGAAUGAGGUUGAGGUAGGGGAAGGACUUGCUGAAGCUUUUAAGGGGUAUUUAAAGAGGGAAGAUGUUUUCUUGACUUCUAAGCUUUUUUGUACUAUGAAUUCUCUGAAUAAAAUGGAGAAUUCUGUUAGAGUAUCUCUUAAGAAUCUUGAAGUGUCAUACUUGGAUCUCUAUUUGAUGCAUUGGCCUGAAAGCUCAGCAUUUGGCGAUGCUACAGAUCCUCCUACCAAGUCAGGAAGUGAAUACCGACAGUUUUUGACUCGCCUCAAGACUACAUGGAAAGCAAUGGAACAUCUGGUGGAGUUGGGUCUAGUUCGAGCUAUUGGUGUUAGCAAUUUUAGCAUACCGCAGAUCAAGGAAUUGCUUAAAUUUGCAAAAAUAGUACCUGCAGUCAAUCAGGUAGAGUUGCAUCCCUUUUGGAGGCAAGAUGAACUUGUGAAGUUUUGUCAAUCAAAAGGUAUUCAUGUUUCUGCUCAUACACCAUUGGGAGUACCAACUUCCAGUCCUGGACCAUCUGACACUGGAUCAGGUGGUGAAGAUGAACCUGGAACUCCUCGGAUAUCAUUCAGGAGAUCCAGAUCAGUUCAUGGCCCAAUGUUGAAACUGUCAGUUGUUGCAGAAAUAGCAGACAGACAUAAAAAGACUCCUGAACAGGUUAUCCUGAGGUGGGGCAUACAGAGAGGAACAAGUGUCCUGCCAUGUAGUGUGAGGCUGGAUCGGAUAAGGAGAAAUAUUGACAUUUUCAGUUGGUCUUUGUCAGCUGAUGAAUUGAACCGCUUGAACCAUAUAGAGCCACAGGUUUGUCUGUUUGGACAUGUCCCUCUGAAUACUCUAUCAGAUAGUGGGUUUAUGCCUGGAAGUGGUCCCCUUCAAGCUGUGCACGAAAUGGAAGAUGAUGUGGAGUCCAACUCUUGAUGUUUAAUCAUAUUUGUGGGUGUGGUUUGGUGGCAUGUGGAGAAAGAAUGAUACUAGUGAUGGCAUUUUCUAUGUGAUCCAUUAUACUACUUGUGGAACCACCUGAAAUUUUAUUCUGACUAUCAUCCAAUUAUCCAUACCCACUUGAAGAUACUGACGGAUUAAGUUGUUUAGGGUUUUUUUUUUUUUUUUUUUUUAUCAUUAUCAUUACUUUGAUGCAGCAGAUUUGGAUUGUAUAGGAAGUCCACUCAUUGAGAUUGAAAUUAGAACUUAGCACUAUUGUGCCUUUUAACACUAUUGUGCCUACCCAUCAACCAACCUAUCCU